CCGAGUUCGCCACAAAGCCUCGGGCGUCGAUCCAUAUUCGUAGGCGCUGCGGCGUGUGCUUUGCUUUUUCCUGUCAGCAUCUCCGCGGUCCCUCGCCUUGGCCGUCCGCGACUGGAACCCUCCUACGUCCUCUGCGCGAUAUGUUCUGCCAGCUGGACUCACCGAAGGGGCGCCUUCCUGUUCCACAUCCUGAUGGCAGACUCCCCAUGCGCACGAUAAAACGGGGUGCGACACUUCCACGGAUGCAAUUGCCUUCGCUACACCUCCCACCGCGAACGCAACGCACUGGCCUUGGCUGCCCACGGAGCUCUACGCGUACGUCCUCAGGUUCCUCCCGCCCGACGACGACGCCGCGGACACUAGCGUAAAGGCGCUCGUCCAUUGCCUCGGCGCGAACUCGCAGCUCCGGGCGGCGGCCAAGCAGUCCUCGAUCUGGAAGCCGCACUACCGCGCGCGGUACACGGAAUGCGUCGAGGAGAGGGAGGCGGAGCGGAGGGCGAAGGCGAAGGGGGACUACAGGCGGAUGUACAUCGCGCGGCGGGAGCUCGACCGCCGCGCGCUGGAGGCGGUCGACGAGAUCAGGCUGCAGCUCAGCGGGCGCCACGCGAAGGCGGCCGCGUUCGUCAAGGAGUUCUCCUUCGACGUGUGGAAUGCGCUCGAGCGGGAGGCGCGGCUGCCCCUGCCCGCUUAUCUGUGGUCCGUGGACGAGGGAGGGUAUCUGGAGGAGGACAUCGACAUGGAUGUGGAGGAGGUCCCGCAUGCCCUUCCUCGGAGGUACUGGGCGAAGGCCAUUAUGGGGGAAGACGAUCAGCUGGUUACGUUCGAGGAGGCCCUCGCGGGCCUCUCGGCGUUUUACGAUCAGUCUCCCAAACAUAUAUCCACAUGGCUUGGGAUGCUUGUGCACGACUGCCGAGUGCAAUUGACAGCUGCGGGCGCCGAAUUGGAUCCAGCAAGCCCUGACUAUGACCUUCCAAUGCUGGUUGUUCUUUUGCGAGACACCCUACGUGGGAUGGGUUUCCGUAUCGCCGAAGGCGACGAUUUCUAUAACCCACUCAACCAGUUCCCCCAUGCCAUCAUGCGGCCCGAGAGCCGUAAGACGAUACCUAUGGGUCUGGUCUACGUGUACACAUCCGUCGCGAGGAGGCUGGGCAUUCGCGCGUCGCCAACAAACUAUCCUGGCAAAGUUUUAUGCCAUAUUGACCCUAUCGACCCGGAGCAAAACGAGAUGCUCUUUGACGUCUGUGGGCACCGUGACCUGCGCCAAAUGUUGGUUGACAUCGGUCUCCGGCCAGACAUGCCCGCCGAGAUCAUUCGCCCGUGCAAAGUCGGUACGAUCCUCCAUCGCGCGGCAGCCAACACGAUCAUCGCCGUGCGGUGGAACCACGGCCUACGCUGCUUCUGCAUCUCGCUCCUCCAGUCUCAAGACAACCAGAUCCUCUCGCAGAUCAUGGAUUCCAAGCCCCUCGACGCUUGGCGCGCUCAACGCGCCGGCGCGGAUAUUCUCGCGAAGCACUGCGAGAAGCUCGUGGAGACGGACGAGGAGUUGCGCGACUGUCGUCCGGUGAUGUACUUCGUUGGGCUGAUUGUCCAGCACAAAAAGUACGAAUAUGCGGGAUGCAUUAUUGGUUGGCAUGACUUGUCACCAGUCAUGGAGGUGCAGAGGCUUGCUCGAGGGUGGGACCAGCCCUUUUACUGGGUCAUAACUGUCGACGGGAGUAAACGCUCUGGACAAACCGGCAGGCGUGGUCGGUUGUUGCCCACACAAGAACUGCAGACCCUGUACCCCGAGGACGACCAGGUCGGUUCUUCGUGGGUUUGCAGGGGUACGCUGGGCAACCGCAAGCUUUCCUUCGACGCGCCGUCCACCCAUUGAUAAUCAGAGUACAACUAAUGCUGGAGCUUGUCGUACUGAUGAUAUUGGGGACCAUUAUAUUCUUGCCACCCUGUGUAGCCUAUAGCAAACUAUGACUGUGUAUAUACACGCGCCUUUCUCUUGGAACUAUACUCUGCAAUUAUGGGAUUAGAUAUGUC